AUGAAGAUCGAGGAGGUGAAAAGCACCACUAAGACCCAGCGCGUCGCCGCCCACAGCCAUGUCAAGGGCCUCGGCUUGGACGAGAGCGGGCUGGCUAAGCAGGCGGCCGCCGGGCUGGUCGGACAGGAGAAUGCCCGUGAGGCAUGCGGCGUAAUCGUAGAGUUAAUUAGAAGCAAGAAAAUGGCUGGCAGAGCGGUGCUGCUCGCUGGACCUCCUGGAACUGGCAAGACUGCUUUGGCCCUCGCCAUUGCUCAGGAGCUGGGCAGUAAGGUACCGUUCUGCCCCAUGGUGGGGAGUGAAGUCUAUUCUACAGAGAUCAAGAAAACAGAAGUGUUAAUGGAGAAUUUCCGAAGAGCGAUUGGUCUGAGAAUCCGAGAAACGAAGGAAGUGUAUGAAGGAGAGGUGACGGAACUGACCCCCUGUGAGACUGAGAAUCCAAUGGGAGGCUACGGCAAAACUAUCAGUCACGUCAUUAUAGGCCUGAAAACAGCCAAAGGAACCAAACAGUUAAAGCUGGAUCCCAGCAUCUAUGAAAGUCUACAGAAGGAGCGGGUGGAAGUUGGGGAUGUCAUCUACAUUGAAGCAAACAGUGGAGCCGUAAAGAGGCAGGGCAGGUGUGACACCUAUGCCACAGAGUUUGACCUUGAAGCGGAGGAGUACGUGCCCUUGCCAAAGGGCGAUGUCCAUAAGAAGAAAGAGGUGAUUCAGGACGUCACGCUCCAUGACCUGGAUGUGGCCAAUGCAAGACCUCAGGGUGGACAAGACAUUCUGUCUAUGAUGGGUCAAUUGAUGAAGCCAAAGAAAACUGAAAUCACAGAUAAACUGAGAGGUGAAAUCAACAAAGUGGUGAACAAAUACAUUGACCAGGGCAUUGCAGAGCUGGUGCCCGGGGUGCUGUUCAUUGAUGAAGUUCACAUGCUGGACAUCGAAUGUUUUACUUACCUCCACCGAGCCCUGGAGUCAUCACUCGCUCCCAUUGUCAUCUUUGCUACUAAUCGAGGCAACUGCGUUGUUAGGGGCACUGAAGAUGUGGUUUCCCCUCAUGGGAUCCCUCUGGAUCUGCUAGACAGAGUGAUGAUUAUCCGCACCAUGCUGUACACACCACAGGAAAUGAAGCAGAUUAUAAAGAUUCGUGCGCAGACCGAAGGGAUUAACAUUAGCGAGGAAGCCUUGAAUCACUUGGGAGAGAUCGGCACCAAGACAACAUUAAGGUACUCUGUACAGCUGCUGACCCCGGCCAACCUCCUCGCCAAAAUCAACGGCAAAGACAGCAUUGAAAAGGAGCACGUGGAAGAAAUCAACGAACUGUUCUACGAUGCAAAAUCAUCUGCUAAAAUAUUGGCUGAGCAACAAGAGAAGUACAUGAAGUAAACGAUCAAGAAGUACAGCUGCAUAGCCCGAGAUUUAGUCCGCCAUCAUCUGUGAUAUAUUGAACUGGUUUCGUGAACUGAAAAUACCUGGGAAGACCCCAGAGAGCGGCUGUGGGGGAAGGGGGGGGGAGUGAACUUGGUAGAAUAUAUUUAAUUUGUAAUUUUUCUGGUUGGAAAAAUUUUAUAUUGAAACAUAAAAGAACAAAAAAAAAUG